GAAAGCAGCAGUCUCACAUUCGACACACUCGCACCUCCCUGGUGGGUGUGUGUACUGUAGUCAUGUGUGUGAGAGAGAGAGCGAGCGCGUGAAUGUUCAUUGCCUACCAUCGAGCUCAAAGGCGACGGGCGCACAGAAAGGGAACACAGCUCGUUUCUUUGACCAGAGGACUUCAUAAGGAGCCAUCAUAACAGAGAUAUUGUCCGACGAACUAAAUACAUUUGGUGAACGCAUGUAGCACUACUCAUUUGAAGCAACGACUACAUCUCAAUGCAAACGGCUUUCACAGUUGUGGACCUACCGCUGGGCUCAGUGUUUACAAACCCUGCUGUUAUUCAUAUAUUUUGUUCCCGCAUUCAUUUAUCGUGUUGUGUUCAAGGUUGUUACUUAGCCGCAUUGCUUUUACGCGCAGUGGCCAUCUGAGCAAAGGCAUUAUUCUCUCGUAUCCGGGCGCUCAUAUCGUAAAUACAGCAUAUGAACGAGGUCUGCAUGACUGCAGAGGUGGGGACAAGCAGCAGCCUUAGGAGCAGGUUUGGAUUUGAACGAUAACCUAAAUGCUGGCGACGCCAAACCAAACCAAACGCCAAACCAUAAUUUGAAGAGGGGCGUCACUGGCGAUUCACAUCGCAGCACCGGACAUUUAAGUAUUUGCUAUGCCUAAAGACUGAUGGGUUUGUGUUCUACUUGACACAAUUGGCACACGCGGAGCAUUGCGAUUUUACACUGUAAGUAGCCCAAUCGGCUACAAUGUAGAAGCGCAGGCGUAUUUCUUGUAGAGCCUCUAUACAUUUCGCUUUAAUUAGUGUUCUGUUAAGCCUUAUUGCGGUAUUCGAUCAAAAUGCCGGCCGGAAUGAAGCCUUUGGAAAAGUUUUUGAAAAAACAGACCACUGCGCUUAGUCGAGCUGGUGGCUUCGGGGACAAGGCGACUGGCACCGGGGCUUCUCGGCGACGUGCCAGCCUGUCCCGAGUGGUGGGCCUACCAUUCUUCAGGGAGACUUCACCAGAGAGCGGUCCUGCCCGGGAGGUGUUUAGUCCAGAUACAGAGGAGGCCCCAUGCUGGCCCUCCGCCACCGCGGACAUCAGAAGCCCGUCUCUGUCCAGCGACGAGCAAAGCUCUGAGGCGAGCUUGGACACUAAUUGGACCCCGCUGCCCCCGGAUACACCGGACAACCUGGCGCAGGCGCUUCUGGACAGUGUGGCGGGGAAACGUUUCGGAAAUUGCACAGAAAUACUCCUGGAUGACUUCAUGCUGACACACCCCAUCUUCUUGGCCUCCGACAAGUUCCAGCAGUUCCUCCUUCAACAGUUCAGCCCUGAGGGGCCGUCUGGCGAGGGCUGGCCAGGAUGGGAGGGCUCCGAGCGGAAGCAGGCCGUGCUCAGCGUGGCUUUCCGCUACCUGGACACCUACCGGGAGCUUCUGCAGGAGGAAGGGGAGAGGUCCAACAGCUUCCCCAAGGACCUGUAUCUGUGUGCGGUGCAGGAGCUGAGUCAGUACCCUGAGCUUGUGGAGGACGUACUCAAGCUGCAGCGCUGGACUGAGAUCCUGCACAACCCGACGGAGGAGGAGAAGGAGUGUCGUAAGAAGCAGGUGCGGCCUCUCUUCCGUCACUUCAGACGCAUCGAUGCCUGUCUGCAACCACGAGAGGCCUUCAGAGGGUCCGAUGAGAUCUUCUGCAGGGUGUACACGCCGGACCACUCCUACGUGACCAUCCGCAGCAGGCUGUCGUGCCGCGUGGGGGAGAUCCUGGCACUGGUCAAGGAGAAGCUGCAGUACAGCGAGGACCAGCCCGUCCAGCCUGGGAACCUCGUCCUGGUGGCCGUCACCUCCGCUGGCGAGAAAGCGGUGUUUCGUCCAAGUGAUGAGGCCGUCUUCACCACACUGGGGGUGAACACACACCUCUUCGCCUGUGAGCCGUCAGAGCUUGAGACUCUGAUGCCACUGCCUGAGGAGAUCCACUGGUCACCCGGGGACAGUAAACUCCAUGACAUGAGCGCGGAGGAGGUAGCCAAUCAGCUGGUGGUGUUCGACUGGGAGCUCUUCAGCUGUGUCCAUGAGGUGGAGUUUGUGUGCUAUGUGUUCCAUGGGGAGCAGUCUCGCUGGCGCCCCCUAAACCUGGAGCUGAUAUUGCAGCGCUGCAGCGAGGUGCAGCACUGGGUCGCCACGGAGAUCCUGCAGUGCCAGUCGCUCCCCAAACGUGUGCAGCUCCUGCGCAAGUUCAUCAAGAUUGCAGCCCUGUGUAAGCAGCAGCAGGAUCUGCUGUCCUUCUUGGCUGUGGUUUUGGGGCUGGACAACCCAGCAGUCAGCAGAUUACGCCUCACCUGGGAGGGUUUACCGGGCAAGUUCAGGAAGCAGUUCCAGCAGUUUGAGAGUACUGCGGACCCUUCAAGGAACCACAAGUCUUAUAGGGAUCUGAUGGCCAGUCUGAGGCCCCCUCUCAUCCCAUUCACGCCCCUCCUGCUGAAAGAUCUGACCUUCCUUCAUGAGAGCUGUAAGACCUUCCAUGGGGAGUUGGUCAACUUUGAGAAGAUGCAUAAAGUGGCAGAGAUGGUACGCACCAUCAGACGAUACAGGAGUUCUCAGCUCGCUGUGGAGGCCGAGCCAUCCCCCUCUCACCUCCAGACGAAGGCCUACGUGCGCCAGCUUCAGGUCAUUGACAAUCAGAACCUGCUGUUCGAGAUGUCCUGCAAGCUGGAGCCCAAAGACAUGUGAGCCAGAGUCCAGAGGAACCUCUGACCCACUGAAGACCACACCCCUUAACCUGUAAAACCCGCCCUUCCAUCCCCCCCAGGACCAAUUAGCUCCCACCUUUUAAUCAGGACCACGCCCUCUCUGUUUCAGGAUCCCUCUCCAAAAAGACCUAUCAUUGGUCAACCCCUUCUCCUUAACUCUGGUCAUUCAUUGGUUACCUCUCCCCAAGACUAUGUCUCCUUGAGCUGUGGAUUGAACAGUUUGGACAGUGUUGUUUUCAAGAACUUGCCACUCAUGGUAAAAGCAAUUCUCAUCCAAUCAAUGACUGAGCAAAGACUAGCUCUAACAAGGGAUGGCCUAACACUAAUGUCAAAAGCAAAGGUUCAAGGAUUCCUGCCUCUGUCCUGAUUUGUCAGGAAGAGGCUGUGGAACUGUCGCCAGUGUUGUGGUCCAAAUGAGGCUGUGGAACUAAAGCUGCUGUUUUGAUUGGCCCAUAGAAGGCUGUGGCUGGACAGAAGUCACAUCUCCACAGGGAGACCGCAGAAGGGAAUGGCAGUGAUCUCCAUGGGUCAAUGGGAAGUUUGCUUGUGAAGCCCCUCCCUACCUGCUUUCUCAUUGGUCAUCUCUAAGCAAUGCCUGUCCAGUCUGCACUGCCAGAAACCGAACUCAACUGCACAUGAACUCCUCCUGGAAGAGUAGCGGAUAGGCCAUUAUCCUAUUAGGAGCUACUCAGGACAGAAAGGGAAAGUGGUUUCUGACUGCAUAAGCUUCAUCCUCUGUUUUUUUUCUUAUUUUCUCUUAGACAUCUGGACUUGAAGACUUUUU